AUGGCUCGCGUCUACGCCGACGUAAACCAGCACAUGCCUCGUGCAUACUGGGACUACGACAGUGUCAACAUCUCCUGGGGUGUCUUGGAGAACUAUGAAGUCGUUCGCAAGAUUGGUGCGCCUGCUCGUAUGCUUGCUGCANGUCGCGGAAAGUACUCAGAAGUCUUUGAGGGCAUCAACGUCGUCAACUACCAAAAAUGCGUCAUCAAGGUUCUCAAGCCUGUCAAGAAGAAGAAGAUCAAGCGUGAGAUCAAGAUCCUCCAGAACCUAAGCGGAGGCCCGAACAUUGUGGGUCUGCUCGAUGUUGUUCGUGACAGCCAGAGUAAGACGCCCUCGCUCAUCUUCGAAUAUGUCAACAACACCGACUUCCGAAGCCUGUACCCAAAGUUCGCCGAUUACGAUGUCAGAUACUACAUCUUCGAGCUGCUCAAGGGCAUCAUGCACCGCGACGUCAAGCCUCACAACGUUAUGAUCGAUCACGAACAGAAAAAGCUGCGUCUGAUCGACUGGGGUCUUGCCGAAUUCUACCACGCCGGAACAGAGUACAACGUCCGCGUCGCUUCGCGUUACUUCAAGGGUCCUGAACUUUUGGUUGAUUACCAGGAGUACGACUACUCGCUCGAUAUGUGGUCUCUAGGCGCCAUGUUUGCUUCCAUGAUCUUCCGCAAAGAGCCCUUCUUCCACGGCAACAGCAACUCCGACCAGCUUGUCAAGAUCGCCAAGGUUCUGGGUACUGAAGAUCUCUUCGACUACCUCGACAAGUACGACAUCGAGCUUGACGCACAGUACGACGACAUCCUGGGCAGAUUCCCCAAGAAGAAUUGGCACAGCUUCGUCAACGCAGACAACCAACGCUUCGUCAGCAAUGAUGCUAUUGACUUCCUAGACAACCUUUUGAAGUACGAUCAUCAGGAACGAUUGACUGCCAAGGAGGCUAUGGCUCAUGCCUACUUCAACCCUGUCAGAACAGCUGCUGCAAACUCAGGCUCUUCAUGA